AUGUCUGACGAAGUUUAUGACGGCGCGGUCGGCAUCGACCUGGGUACUACCUACUCGUGUGUUGCCAACUACGAGGGCACCAAUGUCGAGAUCAUUGCCAACGACCAGGGUAGCUACACUACCCCCUCCUUCGUCUCGUUCACCGACAAGGAGCGUUUGAUCGGUGAGGCCGCCAAGAACCAGGCCGCCAUGAACCCGGCGAACACCAUCUUCGACAUCAAGCGUCUGAUCGGUCGGCGGUUUGAUGACCCCAUCGUGAAGAAGGAUGUCGAGUCCUGGCCCUUCAAGGUCGUCGAUCAGGGUGGCAGCCCUGCCGUCCAGGUUGAGUACCUCGGUGAGGAGAAGACCUUCACUCCCCAGGAGAUCUCUUCCAUGGUCCUCAUGAAGAUGAAGGAAGUUGCCGAGAUCAAGCUCGGCAAGAAGGUCGAGAAGGCCGUCGUCACCGUGCCCGCCUACUUCAACGACAACCAACGUCAGGCUACCAAGGAUGCCGGCGCCAUCGCCGGUCUCAACGUUCUCCGUAUCAUCAACGAGCCUACCGCCGCUGCCAUUGCCUACGGUCUUGGCUCUGGUAAGUCUGAGAAGGAGCGCAAUGUCCUGAUCUACGAUCUGGGUGGUGGUACCUUCGAUGUGUCUCUGCUGAACAUCCAGGGUGGCGUCUUCACUGUCAAGGCCACCGCUGGUGACACCCACCUGGGUGGUCAGGACUUCGACACCAACCUGCUCGACUUCUUCAAGAAGGAGUUCCAGCGCAAGACCGGCAAGGAUCUGUCCGGUGAUGCCCGUGCCCUCCGUCGUCUGCGUACCGCUUGCGAGCGUGCUAAGCGUACCCUGUCCAACGCUACCCAGACCACCGUGGAGAUCGACUCCCUGUUCGACGGUGAGGACUUCAACUCGUCGGUCACCCGUGCCCGUUUCGAGGACCUGAACGCCAAGAGCUUCAGCGGCACCCUGGAGCCCGUCCAGCAGGUUCUGAAGGACUCUGGCCUGGAGAAGAGCAAGGUUGACGAGAUUGUCCUUGUUGGUGGUUCUACCCGUAUCCCCCGUAUCCAGAAGCUCCUGAGCGACUUCUUCGAUGGCAAGAAGCUUGAGAAGAGCAUCAACCCCGACGAGGCCGUUGCCUACGGUGCUGCCGUCCAGGCCGGCAUCCUUUCGGGCAAGGCUACUUCUGCUGAGACCCAGGACCUGCUGCUUCUGGAUGUUGUUCCCCUCUCUCUGGGUGUUGCCAUGGAGGGCAACAUCUUCGCCCCCGUCGUUACCCGUGGCCAGACCGUCCCCACCAUCAAGAAGCGGACUUUCACCACCGUGGUUGACAACCAGACCACCGUGCAGUUCCCCGUCUACCAGGGUGAGCGCACCAACUGUGCCGAUAACACCUCCCUGGGUGAGUUCACCCUGGCUCCCAUCCCCCCGAUGCGGGCUGGUGAGGCCGCUCUGGAGUGUGUUUUCGAGGUCGACGUCAACGGUAUCCUGAAGGUUACCGCCACCGAGAAGUCCUCCGGCCGCAGCGCCAACAUCACCAUCUCCAACGCUGUUGGCAAGCUGUCCAGCACCGAGAUUGAUCAAAUGGUUGAGGACGCCGCCAAGUUCAAGACCAGCGACGAGGCCUUCACCAAGAAGUUCGAGUCCCGCCAACAGCUCGAGUCGUACAUCUCGCGUGUCGAGGAGAUUGUCUCCGACCCGACCAUGUCCCUGAAGAUCAAGCGCGGCAACAAGGAGAAGAUCGAGUCCGCUCUCAGUGACGCCAUGGCCCAACUGGAGAUUGAGGACUCCACCCCCGAAGACUUGAAGAAGAAGGAGCUGGCCCUCAAGCGCCUGAUCACCAAGGCCAUGGCUACUCGGUAA